AUGCGUUUAGAACAUAAACCAUCAGUUUUGAUCUGUUUAGUAGAAUUGGAGUUGAGGCUAUUGGAAGCACUUGAAAUUUAUCCUCCCGUCACAUUACGAGGCGUGCAUCACCACUUUGUACUCUAUGGUCUGAUGGAAUUCCUGCGGAAGAGCCUUGACCGGCAUUUUUCUCCAGAUGAGGUUUUGCAAUUGCUCGAUCGUUUCUACAACUUAGAAGUGCUGAAACCAGAUGAUGAAGGGAUUGAUAUCCUAAAUCACGAGGAAGAUUUCUGCUUGCCACAAAGCUAUUUUGUCAAGGAAGAACCCUAAAUCAUUUCUGGGGGAUUUGGGGCAUCCAUAUAUUUGCACUAGAUUUGGGUUUUUACUUGAGAUCUGAUGAUAUCUAACUGUGAUAACUCAUAAUGUUCCUUGAUCAUGCUGCACAAUAUUAUUGUAAAAAUUAGGUUGCAAUUUUGAUGUAAUGUGAUUAGUUUGUUGACAACUUCUUGUUCC